CAUCCGAAUGUUGAAUCCCCAAACAGCUACUUCGGAUACCUGGAAAGCAGAGUGUUGUUGGCGAAGAAGACGACACACGUGCUGGCGGAAUUGCCUGUGCAUUUGCAACGAUUUGCGCCAAAGCUUUCGUGGUACGAGUGGGCGGAAGCAAACGGAAUUCUUUCACUCUACGAGGAAGACGAUUAUGGCUCUGAAGGCUGUGUUAGCAGUGAUUGGGUUGAUGUGUCGCAGGUGAUUAGAGUAGAAGAUGUGCAGAAAUUUGACGAUAAGCAAGACAGUGAAUUUUAUGGCUUUGCCUCCUUAUGCCGAAAUACAGCUUACUAUGAACAGAAAUACAUAUCAGGAUAUAUGGAACCCCAGCGCAUUCUCAUUUGGCGUCCAGCUCAUUGUCUUAAUGCCAGUAUCCUCUCUGUGUUCUGCUUCUGCGAGCUUGUCGGUGAUUGGUCCGAUCGAUUGAAAUUUGGGGAUCUCUACAACACGCUGCUAACUGGUGAUGUGUUGUACCACAAGACUAGACGAGGGCCUCUAAGCAUUGAAUGGAAUGUUCCCCCUCAAGACAAUGUAAAGGGCAACAACGUGACGUCCCAUCGCAAAACCAGGGUUGCAGUUGAGGAUAGUGACGCUGACAAGGAAUGUAAAGAAAAGUAA